AUGGAAAUGAAAGCAUUCAUUCAUCGUCAGGUUCCAAAGCUUCUUGAAUGGCCAUCCUAUAGUCCUGAUCUUAAUCCAAUAGAAAAUCUCUGGGCAAUUAUCAAGAAAAGGGUGGAGAAACGAGUCAAUAAAAUAGUUCAAAAAGAAAAAUCGAUUAGUAUUAGUCAUUGGCAUGGAUUAAUUAGGAAGGAAUGGAAGGAUAUUACCGUGGACUUGUGUCUUAACCUGGUAAAGGGAAUGUCAAGUCAUGUAAAUGAGUCAAAUGAAUAA